AAGGACUUGCUGGCAAUUGGGGUGAGACAUUUGGUGGCUGACGCUCUCUUUUGCUUCUCUCCCUCUGCCGGUUGUUUGUGGAGCUUUCCUGUCCAACUCGAGUGUAUUCACUUUCAGAUGGUGCUCCUGUCAGUAUAUCAGUGACUCAUCAGCGCCUCUCUGUACACCACACACAACGGCGAAUGGAAACUGCGUUUUGGGCUUGAUUGACACGGCGGCCGGUCCAACCCUGAGCUACCUUCCCCCCACCCCCCCUCCGGAGGGUGGUUGGAGGGGGGAAAUCUCUGCCUGAUCGGGGAUCCGAGCUAGGGGCUCGCCUCGGCUCCUCGCAUUCUCCUGCUCACCCAGCCUCGGCGCAACAUCCCACGAAGACAAGCCUCCGACACCGCACCGGGACUCGCAGAGCUUGUGCAACCCCAAGGAGACCUCGCCUGCACCCGGCUAACGCUCCGCCGAACCUCCGCUAAACUCACAUCACAUCCUUUCGACCGCGAAAGGCUUGUACUAUUUCACCAGAAAUCACUUAUAACCACAUUCUAACAGCACUUAAAGACUGUCCGUAUAUAUUUACAUAAAUAUAUAUUGGCGACAUCCACCAUCUAUAACUUAUUUUCUAAUUGAGUGGAACUUCCUCUGGACGAAGACUGCUUUAACCUGUAACAGAUCGCUUGGAAAACUAAAGAAAAAAAGACUUGUUGCACUUUAUGUGAUUUUUUUUGUGAGGGAAAAAUUCUGAAACGCUAAUUUCUCUAAAAAGAAAACAUCAUCUGCAAUUAAGGAGAUUCUAGGUUGCUGAAGUUGCCUUCGUGAUGACUCCGGUCUCCUUCCUGCGUUCGCUUCUCGUCCUGAUAUUGGCUCUGUUUUCGGCGACCGCUAGUAACUGGCUGUAUCUGGCGAAGCUGUCGUCGAUGGCCAGCAUUCAGGAUGAGGAGACCUGCGAGAGGUUGAAGGGUUUGAUAAACCGACAGAUCCAGAUCUGCAAGCGGAACGUGGAGGUGAUGGACUCGGUGCGGAGGGGAGCGGAGCUAGCGAUUGAAGAGUGUCAGCAUCAGUUCAGAAACCGACGCUGGAACUGCUCCACUGUCGACACGCUGCCUGUUUUCGGCAAAGUGGUCACACAAGGAACACGAGAAGCAGCUUUUGUCUAUGCAAUCUCAUCGGCUGGAGUGGCCUUUGCUGUUACUCGUGCCUGCAGCAGCGGUGAGCUGGAGAAGUGUGGCUGUGACCGUACAGUCCAUGGAGUGAGCCCUGAUGGUUUCCAGUGGUCAGGCUGUUCGGAUAAUAUUGCGUAUGGCGUUGCCUUUUCCCAGUCUUUUGUGGAUGUAAGGGAACGAAGUAAAGGAGCUUCUUCGAGCAGGCCGCUAAUGAAUCUGCAUAACAACGAGGCAGGAAGGAAGGCCAUUCUGAACAACAUGAGAGUGGAAUGCAAGUGUCACGGGGUUUCGGGAUCGUGUGAAGUGAAAACCUGCUGGAAGGCCAUGCCUCCAUUCAGGAAAGUCGGCAACGUGCUGAAGGAAAAAUUCGACGGUGCCACGGAAGUUGAACAAAGGAAAGUCGGUUCCACAAAAGUCUUGGUGCCCAAGAACUCGCAGUUCAAGCCCCACACAGAUGAGGACCUCGUGUACCUGGACUCGAGCCCGGAUUUCUGUGACCAUGACAUUAGGAACGGGGUCCUGGGAACCUCUGGGAGGCAGUGCAAUAAGACGUCCAAGGCCAUUGAUGGUUGCGAGCUCAUGUGUUGUGGUCGCAGCUUCAACACGGAGGAGGUAGAGAUUGUGGAGAGGUGCAGUUGUAAGUUCCACUGGUGCUGCUUCGUCAAGUGCAAGCAGUGUCGUAAAGUGGUGGAGAUGCACACGUGCCGGUGAUGAGAAGCAUCGCUGGUCAGCCAAGGCAAACCCAAGUCAUGCCCCAUCACGACGGGGGACUAGAACACUCCAGCAAUUCCAAGAAGACAGAUAGAGAGAAAACACUAUUUAAGAUGUCCCAAAGGAUCCUUGUUUUAUUAUUUUUUUAAUUUAUUGCUGACUAACAAAGAUCUGGAGGUACUUCUCCAUGGACUGUUACUGCUCCGGAUGAACUUACCUCUCUGUUACUGAUGCUGCUUAACAAGGAAACGAGAGGGUGGAUCAAGGAGGCAGAAGAUGGUCUGGUUUGACACUGGUAUUGUUGCACAGACCUAUUCUGGAAUUGAUACCUCUUCAGUUGUACACUGCUAUCUCACAAACAUAUCUGGUUUUGAACUCACUUCAAUAUGUCUCCAAUUCUCCAUUAAUUCCUGCUGUUCUCUGAUCAUGUUAAAGUUACCUCCAGCUGCCAGCAGACCCUGCCAAUGAUCAUGCAGUCCAGGCGAUCCAGCUUAUGCCAUAGCCUGUCCAUCCAUUCACUAGCCUUGCGAUUGUCUCCCAUUACGUAGCGAUGCCUCUCGCAGAACUCCAGUGGUCUCCGGAUGACUCAGUACAUCAAUGCUUCCAAACUGCGUACAUUCCAAACCUGUCAUUACAAGCCUUCACACAGCUCCCGACAGCUUGCAGUGACUGGCACAUUGUGGUUUCCCCCACAGUUGUGUGUGCACGUGUGCGUGAUUUUACUUUGUAACACAGAAGACAGCACUAUACCAUCAAUAAUUAAAUUAGAUGGUACCAAUUGUAACAUAAUGUAUAGAGUCAGUGAAACAGAAGCAGACCAAAUACAGAGAAAACAGCCUUAAUGGGCUGAAAUGCACGCUGGACAGACUAACAGAAUGUAUUAUAACAGUAUUCUGAAUAUUUCAGUUACAAAGAGACUAUGUCAAGAUGAAAUGAAUCCUAGAAGAUUCUAUCUCAAACAAUGCUUCUAGUACGAUGUAAUGCACAGUACAGUUUAGCCUGUUCAAUGAUCCUAGUGUUCAUGUAUUGUUGACCAUGUUAUUGGGACAGAGAUUUGUGCUACAGAUUUUAAAGAUCUAGAAUCCUAACUUUUGAUCUUUUGCAGUUGUUCUUGUGCUGGAGUUACCUUUUUUCUUCUUUUUUCUGUAUAUACAUGUGCACCACUUUAGACCAAUUCGAAACUUAAACCAAAAGGGACUGAGUGCCUCAAGGAAUUAGACCUUGAGCUGGGUCUAAAUUCACUAAGUUAACUGCUGACUGUCAUCGUGUUUGGGCACUUAACCAAGUUGCUAGUGAGUGUGGGCCCACAGCACUAAACUCCCCCAUUUAGCACAAGCUUGCAUCAAAUUGGCAAUAUUCCACAGAAGGACCACAGGGUGGUUGAUUUGGAAAGAGGAAGAAGUCUUGGUGCAGAGGUUGUUACUAAACCUGAUUGUCUGACCAGGUGGGAAGCUUCACUCCUCAUCUCAUAGCUAUUCCCUGAAAGAGCUGAUGCUGACACCCGAUAAUUCAAAUGUCCCUAACCUUGCAGAUUUCUUAGCGGGUGACCAGGCUAGUUAAAAACUUUGAUAUGCUGACUUCAAUGCUGCUAUCUUGAACUGUGGUUUUCUUUUCUUCAAGAUUCCAGUAUGUUAUUUCAUAAAAUAUAGGCUGCUCUUUAAUAUUAAUCAUAUAUUAGCUUGUCUCAUAUUUCCAAUGCUUUUUGUAACAAAAUAAGAAAUGUUCCUUAGAGUUAUUUGUAGUUCUGUGUGUGUAUUUUAAAUGAACAGGCAUUUUUAUUUAACAAUGGUGAACAAGAGUGGGAUCAUCCAGGCAAAUGCAAAACACUGAGCAUUGUAAUAAAAGAAGGGACUCUUUUCAAUAACUGUGGUUUAAUACCAGUAGUAGUUGGAUUCAGAUUUAAUGGCAGCACCUGUAAUGAUUGGCAUUAGGCUAUGAGUACUGCUAUGGCGAAUAAUUGUAAGUCGGUUAGGUCCUGCCAUUUCCAAAGAAGCUGGACUAUAGUUCUCCCUGAGAAGGAACAAAUUUCAAGGAGCCUUCAUUUUAAAGUUUCAAGGCUCACACAGUGCUCAACUAUCCUGCAGAUUCUUGUCUAUAUAGUGGUAGAGGCCGGGCCCGUUUCUGUGCUAUAUGACUCUAUAACUCUAUAUCAACCUGACAACAGGGGAAUUUAAGUUUAAAAUCAGGAAUUUGUUGGUAAGAAGGAAGGCCAAGAAAACAAAAACUACAAGGCUAAUGAAGUUGUAGAUUAAAUGAUGAGGGAAGGCUGUUGCAAAUAGGUCUUAGAAGGAUUAUGGUUGACUUGUCCUUUGUGGAGUCUAAUGGUCUUUUCCCUGUUCUUCAAAAUAUUAUUUACAACCUUCACCACACCCCACGCAUCAGUUUUCUCUUCCAUCUUUCCUUUCUUAUGAUUAAGUCUUUAGCAGGUUCAACUCUGGCAGGUUCCUUGCUUCAUGUCACAUAAGUAUAUGUGGAAAUUUUGCAUGAGACAGCUGCAGUCAUACUGUGGGCUUUGAGCUCAUGCUAUAGCUGUGGCAGGCUGCUAAGGGUUAUGGUGGCCUCAUGAGAUCUGAUGCCACAAAGGUGCCAUCUCAGUUUUAGAAAGACUUUGCUCUCAUUUUUCAUAGCAUGACUUAGGACUCUUCACUUUUGAACUUACACUUUCCUCUGUUCAAAGUUCACGAACAGUGCAUUUUAAGCUGUGAUAAGUUGCAAAAUUCAGAAGAAAAAAUACCCCAUCUUAAGAAAUGGCAGUUGAUUUCAGCUGGGCAUUAACAUUGGCCUCAAUAGAAAAGGGAAGAGUCAAAAUCAACUUGAGGUCCCUCCAGCUCCUGCUUCAUGUAGUUAACCAUGUGUGUGUGGUAGCAGUGAGUACACAAGAUCACAGUCAACCCUUACUGAAUCACCCACAAACUUUACUGUUGUCGUUCGAACACAGAAAAUGCCGACUGAGGUCAGGAUUCCGAGGGCAGCUAGCUCCCAUAUGACUAUUGCAGCACAAGUCAACACCUCCACCAGAGAUCGUAAGGCAAUUGAGAAAAAAGCUAUUCUCACUCUGAGCUGUGACUGUUGUCCAAGUUCAUUGAUUUGACGGUAGAGUUGUGAGGAGGUGGUGCUUGUGAGUGGAGGUGGGGUGGGACGGAGAGGAAAGAAAUGACCCUCUUCAGCAAGAUGGAGGAGGAAGACAACACAGUUCCCUCAUCCAACACCAAUACUGCCUUCUGCUGACUAACUAUGCAGCAAUGCCAUUAGUGUUGGAACAGAACUAAAAUCCUUCCAUUUUCCUGACUAAAUGAGGAAGCUUAAGAAAGAGCAGCCCCAUGAGGAGGCUAGAGAGCAAACUGAGGGGAGACGGCAGUAGUAACAGUUCUAUUCUAAUAAGAAUAGAAUAAUCAAACACUGGAAAAAGUUGUAAAAUAGAUUUGUAUAGGAAUGCCAGUGUAAUCUAAAUAAUGUACAAAUCCUAAUAUAUUUGUUUAGACAGAUUCUAUGUGAUUUUCAGUCUACGAUAUUCUUAAUACAGAAUUAAUAAACAUGAUGUUUGCACUCCCAAAUGAAAUCAGCCUUAUUCAGAUGCACCUAUAUUAUACACAGUGAAUAUAAGGUAUUACCACCUCCUGGUAUUAUGAGGUCCCAGUGCUGAACAGACACAAAGCACUAAAUGCAUUUAUGUUUAACAAACAAAUAUUUUCAUUUUCAGGUAUGUUACUUCCUUGUAUCAUUCAAAUAAAAUUAGUAUA